UUUCCUAGGGGGCGGAGAGCUCCGAGUGAGAAGCGGUCUGCAGAAGCAGAUUCCUAGUCUCUGGCUAGCUGAGAAGCCUCGGGACACCCUUCUUGCUAAGGGCUGCACCUACACUGCCCUCCCAGCGCCAUCCAUUUUCUCAUUCUUCUCUGGAUCUAGGCUUUUCACCUCAAAGAGGGCUGGACACCUCCAUGAUCACAACCAAUGUAUCAGGAAAUGGCUCUGCUCUCUGGGAACCCCGACCCCAACUUCACCCCAUACUCUUACAAUGGCUUCGAGAAGCUCUGCAAGGUGCAGGCUAAGAAGGGCUUAUUCUACAAGAAAGCCAGGCUCUUGCAUCCUGGAGAAGACUCCUGUUGCCCCACUUACUGUGAGGACUGGCCCCAGCAUGUCAUCAUCAAUGUGGGCGGCAUCAAGUACAGACUACCUUGGACUACCCUAGAGAACUGCCCUCUGACCCGGCUGGAGCGGCUGAAGUCCUGUCACAACCACGAUGAGAUCAUGAGUGUCUGUGAUGACUAUGAUGUCAGCAGCAAUGAAUUCUUCUUUGACCGCAACCCUUGUGCCUUCAAGACCAUCAUGAAUUUUCUCACUGCAGGGAAGCUUAGGCUCCUUCGAGAGAUGUGUGCCCUCUCCUUCCAGGAUGAGCUGGCUUACUGGGGGAUUGAGGAGGAAUGCCUGGAGUGGUGCUGCCUUAGGAGACUUCGGCAUAAAGAAGAAGAAGUCGCAGAGGCUCAGUUUUAUGAGACUGAGCUGAUGGUGAAUGAGUCUCCACCCUGUGCCUUCCAGGAGGGCAGUCGGCUGGCUCAGUGCAUGAGACAGCUCAGGGACAUGGUAGAAAAUCCUCACUCUGGGAUUCCUGGGAAAAUGUUUGCCUGCAUCUCUGUCUCCUUUGUAGCCAUCACUGCAGUCAGCCUCUGCAUGAGCACUAUGCCAGAUAUUCGAGCCGAGGAGGAUCGGGGUGAAUGCUCCCCCAAAUGCCACAACCUCUUUGUGCUGGAGACUGUCUGCGUGGCCUGGUUCUCCUUUGAGUUCCUUCUCCGCUCAAUCCAGGCUGAGAGCAAGUGCGCCUUCCUCCGGACACCACUCAACAUCAUUGACAUCUUGGCCAUCCUGCCUUUCUACAUCUCCCUUAUUGUGGAUCUGGCUUCUGCCCGAAAUAGCAAGCCAGGUGGCACUGGGAAUAAAUACCUGGAACGAGUGGGACUUGUGCUGCGUUUCCUUCGAGCUCUGCGUAUCCUAUACGUCAUGCGAUUGGCCCGUCACUCCCUGGGCCUCCAGACCCUGGGGCUGACUGUGCGCCGCUGCACCCGUGAAUUUGGGCUUCUUCUCCUCUUUCUUUGUGUGGCCAUGGCUCUCUUCUCCCCAUUGGUUUACCUGGCAGAGAGUGAAUUAGGAUCUGGAAAGGAGUUUACCAGCAUCCCUACCAGUUAUUGGUGGGCAGUCAUCUCCAUGACAACUGUGGGUUAUGGAGACAUGGUACCCCGAAGCAUCCCUGGGCAGGUGGUUGCUCUAAGCAGUAUCCUCAGUGGCAUCCUACUGAUGGCCUUCCCAGUUACCUCCAUCUUCCAUACUUUCUCUCGUUCCUACACAGAGUUAAAAGAACAACAGCAGCGGGCUGCAAAUCAUGAGAUGCACCUCUUGGAAGAGAGCACCAGGUCCCACACAGAAGACAGUUCUUCUCAGGCAAUGGAUACUUCCUUCCUACCUGGGGGACCAGCAGCUGCUGCUAUCCUAGAGCAACAAUGGGCACUAGCAAAUCAUGCCGCCAGAAGGAGCUGCUGAUGGAAAGCCAGGAAGGGCAUGGCCAAGUCAGCCCCGAAAGCAAUGGGAAAAGAGGAGCUGUUUCUUCCUCAGCCUCUAAAAUUAAGACAGUUGGCACUGUGUAUAAAUUUGCCUGUGAACAAGGGAGAUAGGAGAAGGGAAUAUAGUUAGGAAAGCUCAUUCUAAAAAAUAAAGUAUUUUUUGAGCUUUGGUGCAGAGCCAACAUGUAUCCAGCUCCACUGUACAUAAGCUUUUUAGUUAAGCAACCCUGACAUGAAUGUAGACUGGAGCCCCUUUGUGGACUUGGCACUGAGGCCAAGAAAAUGCUACUUCUCCCUGAUAACUUUAAAAAUAAGGCUAAGUCACUGAGACAAAGUCCUUUCCUGAUACCACCAGAAAAAGGGGAGGAGGUCUCGGUGGAAAGUCAGGC